UGGUAGUCAGUAGGCUAGCCGUAUGUAAACUACUCAUACGGAAAGAUUUACACAUUUACUUCCUAUCAUCUGAUUUUUCUAUGAAGAACAGGUAUAUCGAUAACCAUCAAUGUAUCCGUUCCAUCUGCCCACAUCUGUUCUGCCCACGUCUGUUCUGCGCAGGUACAAUAGCGACAAUUGACAUUGAGGUUCUAGAACGUCACAAAUCACUCGAUACGACGUUUACGCAGUGAAUGGUCGUGUUUUGUUUACAACGUGCAAAACUUUUUGACUUUUGCAGUGAAUUGAUGAAAAAUCCAACUCGAUAAUAUGCCGAUUGGGUUUUUGUUGAGGAGAGCAUGGCACCUGUACCUGUUCGUAUGCGGUAUGUGUUUAUACUCCGCGGUAAUGAAGGCAGCUGUAGAGAGGCAGCUCAUCCCCCGCGAUAUCAUCGCACGCGAAUUUCUGGAUAAGCUUGAUGUCCAUGACACCAAUAGUGAGCAGUGGAGAAUCUACCCGGUGGCAAAUGAGGAGAUCUUUCUGCGGGCGUACUUACGUCCUGCCAACGAGACCCACUACAGCAGAAUCGUGGGUUGUGAUAUGUACAGAGAUGAACACAGGGACACUAUGGUGAAGAGGCUGACGGCCGGGGGGACAGACCCAGGACGAGUCAACAUGGCCACUCCAUCCGACUCAUGGCAGUUCUCCUAUUUAUUACAUGCCUGUAAACACGUGAGAUUGCCGAACUUUGACUUCGACGUGCCUCCUGUCGAAGAGGAAGCGCCGCCCUACCACCCUAUUACCUGGCUUCAGCUCGCCAGGAAUAUCCGUGACUGGACCAAGGACUACCUUCGCGAGGCUUUCGCUGAAGAUCCGGCAGACACCUACACCGGAGAAGAAUCUAGACCGCUCAUGUGGUCUGAGUUAUUCCACGAUACCUACAAAAGCGUCGUGGAAUGGUUCUCGCCGAAAGAUGAGGCAACCGACGCUGCUAACACCCUGCUCCGCCCAGCCGGCAAUACUGACCCCGCUGAGACCGAUGCGUCCUCAGUCACGUGGUCUCACCUGUGGACGGAGAUGGGGAACAAAGUGUCCGGCGUCACCGCGAUGUUCUUGUCAGAGACGCCUGAUGACUCGGCAACCGACGGAGCACCUGAAAUCGACUCUGCCGACCCUGAGCCUACAGGAGGAGUUUGGGCUGCACUUCAGGGUUUGUGCACGGACCUGAUGAACCGCCUCCCCUCAUACCGGUCAGACAAUACGGACAGGGCUGAGACCAACAAGGAUCCCUUCACGGAGACAGCUUUAGACUUUGCCGAAUGUAAGGCCGAAUCACAGGGAGGUACUGCCAGUUACUACUUCUCCCGAACCUACUGGCCGUGGACGACUGAUGAAGAGACACCAGAACCUUACAUUGAAAAUGACUUUGCCGAGGGCAAGGCCGAAUCACAGGGAGGUACUUUAACGACCGUCAGUCACACCUACUUCUCCCGAACCUACUGGCCGUGGACGACUGAUGAAGAGACACCAGAACCUGAUGUUCAAGAUGACCCUGCCGAGACCGGAUGGAGCCUUGCCGCCUGGACUGAUCAUAUUUUCCAGGCCAAGAACCUGAUGAUUGCCCAGAUCUGGGCCGACCCGCCUGUGGUCCUCGACGACCCUCCUUAACGCCCUUCUGUCUAUCAGAGGAGACUCGGUCUUUACGCAGCUGAGAUGAGCAACACGCGAAUGGGUAUCUAUUGAGUUUUGGGGAUAGGGAACGUUUGUUGAAACACAUGUCCUACAGAUUGUUAUUUAGGAAAUUGAUUGACAUUAGUUACAGCUCAUACUGCCGGCCAUGUAUGUACUUUAUGCUAUCUACAUCUUUCUAACUUUGUUCUAGAUCGCUAAAUCCUCCCUGAUAACACCGCGAGGGAAAGUGAAUCUGGCAUCCCCCAUUCAAAAUGGAUGUGCUACAGUAUAUUUUUUGAUUGUACGGACUUUCCAUCCAGCUCGUAUUUAUGUCAUUGCGCGAAAGGAAUACUAUUAAUGUUACUUCUUUAUUUUCUAAUCUUUAUGGCAUUAUAUGCUCAACUUAUCAUAUUUUUAAAAGUUUAAUUUCUCCUGUGAGAAAUCAUAUUUAUUGAUCAACACAGCAGCUGUACUUUGGGUCAUUCCUUAUACCUGUAGUCACAGUGAAGCUGCAUAUGACAUCUCAAUACACGACGAUCAAUUUGACAUAUAUGACAUACCUUUAGCAGCACAGGGAAUUAAUAGAUUUACUAUUUUGUCAUGUUCUACUCCGAAGAUAAAAAUAAAAAUGUACAAAUAUGUUGGUA